GAAACUCAUUUACCUCCAAAUGUUGACCUGUCAACAGCAGAAUUCCGUGCUAAGUUUUUCCGAUAUGGAGAGGAAGUGAGAAAGCAUCGUAAACAACAAAAAGAACUAGCAAUGAAUCUUUCAAAAGCUACUGUAACAGAGAAAGACAAAAUGUAUGAGGAUAAAUCAGGAAGGUACAGAAGCAGUUGAAUGUAUUGUUUUGUGAUGUAUGACUUUGUAAAAAGCUUUGAGUUUUUGUGUAUCGUAAUGAGUGAAUGGAUCAACAUAUGUUGAGCAUGUGCAAAUGCUGUUUGUAAACUACAGCAUUCCUUGUUAAUGAAAUGCAUCGUGUUGAAUCACCCCAAAAUCUUUUUAAGAUGGAAUAUUCCCCAAAACAUUUUUCACGUUAACAUUCUGCUAUUUAUGUUCAUCAGUUUUAAUGCCAAAAAUGUUAUUCUUUGAAAACAUUUUUUUAUUGUUGGAUUAGGUUGCCUUUUGUGUGUACAGUAAACUGUUUGAAUAUUUUGAAUAUGUAAUUUAUGUAUUCUUGUCCAGGAUACUGUUAGUCUUAAAAAUUAUGAGAUGUUGCAGUGCAGUCUUUCAGCAAAUCAAUCAUUCUAGUUAUUUUGUGUUAAAAUCUUGAUUUUUUUACAAUAGUGAUAUGAUUCCAGGCAAGGUAUGUAACUAGCACUUCAUGUAAAUAUAAAUUGGUUUGUCACAUGUUUUUUAACAAUUGAUGUUCUAAUUUUGAGCAGGGAGUAGUACUUUUUAGAAGAAUAUAAACUUUAUUUGGUAUCUACAUUAUAUUAUGCAACUGCAAAGAUAUCUAGUGAAGAUCAAGAAGUCACACAUUUCUUUGUCUGCUUCUUUCUAGAUUUAUUGUAAUGACAUAUUUGCAUUUUUGUGGUGAUCUGUUAGAGACUCUGGAGUGUUGAAAUGAUAUUGUUAAGAGGAAGGUUAUUUGGUAAAUAUGUUGGAGGAACAUAGAAGCAGUUACAGGAUGGAAAAAAUGAGACUGAGAACACAGAACUGAAGUAGGCCAAUUGUGGCUCAGCUAAAUAUUUUCAAAUCCUUAUCUUGUCAAUGAACCAACAAUUAUUUGUGUAUCCCUUUGUACACAUUUUGUUUGUCAAACUUUCAUAAAUUUACUCUGAAUUCAAAUCAAUGUAGUCAUCAAAGUUGUAAUUUUCUUUGUUAUUGUUAGUGAAUAUUUAACUGUGAGUGUCUUUGAAGAGCACAUGAAGCCACAAUUGCAAGAGUAGUACUAUUACUAAUUAAAUUUAGUGUUUGGUUGACUCUUGAGAUGCUGAGACAAUGCCAUGCAAAUCACUGAUUUUAGCAAUCACAAUGUCUAAAGUAAGUCAAUGGAAUGCUGCUAUUGGUAAUUUUGUUGAAAUGACAUUCACAGUUUUAUUUUAAUUGGCCCACAGAUUUCCAAGGUUAUACUGAGAUAUUUUAAAUAAUAUUUCCAUUUCUCAUUUGGGAUUCUUCAGAACACAGUUACCAUAAAAGCCAGCAAAGUGUAUAGAGUGAAAAGAUAAACUGCUUCUCAAGGAAAACUCAAUUUUAGUUGUAAAAUAAAAUAUUAUAAUUAUCAGCAUUUGGCCUUAAAAAUGUGAGACUAAACUAUUUAUAGGAAAUGAGAGUGAGACUAGAAACUGAAGUAUGAUGAAAAACUCAUAUUUAUAUGCUGAGUGCAGUUCAAUUGUAUAUUGUAAAGGAAUGAAGUGGUGCUGAAAAGUUGUUUUACACAACAUCCACAAGGUUUAGUUUUAUAUAACGUUUGCAUAAAAUUUGCAAUUAAGCUUGCAGCUAUACCUCAACAUAUUUGUUUUGAAGGUACAAUUUUCUAUUUAUUUACAAAUGUACAUAUUUUAAAUUAAUUCUGUGUUGAUUGAACUCUUCUUAAAACUUUUUUUUUAUUAUAUUCGGGAAUACGUUUAUUUCACUAUUCGAUGUCAGGUAGGGAUAAAGGUAAUUUUCAGAUCAAUAGGAUAUUAUCUAUUUUAUUUGUGAAAAUACCCCAAUAUAUGUCAUAGAAAUCAAAGCAAGAAAGAUGGCUAAUUUUCAGUUAUAUUUGGAUACCAGAGCCUAUUCUCUCCCCAAAGGAAUGCAAUAACAAUGUGAUUUUUUUUAGAAACAUUGAUUAUUUAAAGAGUGAUAUAUUAAAUCCACCGUUUUUAACAUCAAUGAUUUGUGUGUAAAUGAAAAAUUCCAUAAUUACAAUUUGGUAAAAGGUAAAAUAUAAAAUAACUGAUAGUACUACUGACAGUUUUUGUGUUUGAAUGAAACUAAUGCUGCUUGUACUACGUUCAUUGAGCAGAUUAUCACAGAGCACUACUUGGUCCAUGCAGACUAUUUCUCAUCUGAGAUGAUCCCAAUGCCCUUGUUAUUUCCUUCAUUGCACAUAGAAUGGAGGUCAACACAUGUG